AUGAUAGAGUCCUACAUUCCCCAGGAGUACCUCCAGUACUUCCAGUACUUUCCAGAUGCCCAGAAAGUCACGAAUGCCAUCAUUUCGACGACGCCCCUCUUUACGUAUGGGUUGGCCUGCUGGGGAAUAUAUAGGAACAAGUCUUCAACAGGCUUCUCGAUAGAUAUCUGCUUGUCGAUGCUUGUGGCGUCGAUACUACGGAUCUUGUAUUAUUUUGUGACGCCAUAUGAAGUGUCGCUUUUACGCCAGUCAUUUUCUAUGGUGUUCAUUCAGUGUCUUCUUCUACGGACGGCUUUGACUUAUAGACCAAGAACAUACAACCCUGAGAACUUGGCUGAGCUUCCUGACCUACUGGAGGAAUUGAGCAAUGUACCGAAAGUAUUGGUCUCUCCAUAUUCAUACGACCAAUCGGAGUUUUACAUUCAUAUUCUUACUUCUGCUCUCCAGUACAUUUCGGUUUGGGGAAAGCAAGGUCUUCGACUUUUCGAUGUAUACUAUAAACGACCAGGUUUCUUCUGGCAAUGGAUAGACCAGGAUAAAUACUGGCUGUUUAUUGGCGUGUUUACGUUAUUUUUCACGACGAUGACGAUAUUUUUCCAAAAAUCUGAUACAUUUGGCUCUACCAUCGGCUUCUUCGGCCUUUUCGUCGAAUCAUUGCUCCCACUUCCACAGAUCUUGUUAUUGAACAGACUUCGGUCCGUCAAGGGGUUCAAACUGGUCUUGUUGAUCCUGUGGCUCUGUGGUGACCUUACGAAAUUGAGUUAUUUAUUCUUUGGAGCAUCCGACAUCUCAAUAAUAUUUAUACUUGCAGCCUUAUUCCAAAUGGGCUUGGAUCUUGUCAUUCUUUACCAAUACUUCCAUUUCAAAAAGAUAGAUGAGGCGACCCCUGAGAUACCCAUGUUCAACGUACCUCAGCCCUCAGCAUAG